CAGAGCUGGACCUGAGUAACAACAACCUGCAGGAUUCAGGAGUGGAGAGUCUUUCUGCUGGACUGGAGAGUCCACACUGUAAACUGGAAGCUCUCAGGCUGUCAGGCUGUCUGGUCACAGAGGAAGGCUGUGCUUCUCUGGCCUCAGCUCUGAGCUUGAAGACCUCAAAUCUGAGAGAGCUGGACCUGAGCUACAACCAUCCAGGAGACUCAGCAGAGAAGAUGCUGAGAGCUAAAGUGGAGGAUCCACACUGUAGACUGGACACUCUCAGGGUGACGCCUGCUGGAGUCCGAUGGUUGACACCAGGUCUGAGGAAGUAUUCCUGUCAACUCACAGUCGACACAAACACAGUAAACAGAAAACUCAAACUGUCUGACAACAACAGGAAGGUGACACGUGUGGAGGAGGAUCAGUCGUAUCCUGAUCAUCCAGACAGGUUUGACUACUGGGAACAGCUGCUGUGUGAAACUGGUCUGACUGGUCGCUGUUACUUGGAGGUGGAGUGGAGAGGAAAGGUUGAAAUAUCAGUGAGUUACAGAGGAAUCAGAAGGAAAGGAAACAGUGAUGACUCUGAGUUUGGACUUAAUGAUCAGUCCUGGAGUCUGAUCUGCUCUGAUCGUUGUUAUUCUGUCAUUCACAAUAACAGUCAAACAUCCAUCAGGUCCUCCUCAGUCUCUGACAGAGUUUCAGUUUAUGUGGAUGUUCCUGCUGGAACUCUGUCCUUCUACAGAGUCUCCUCUGACUCUCUGAUCCUCCUCCACACCUUCAACACCACAUUCACUCAACCUCUCUAUCCUGGAUUUGGGUUCUUCUUGUUCUGGUCUGAUUCUUCAGUGAUUCUGUGCUGAGUUGAGUCUCCAGAGUCUCCUCCUGGUAGAGAAACAGUGUUGAACAGAUAGUUGAGUCUCUCCAUGACUCUGUCCCUCACAAACAUGUUUUCACAUUCAUGGAUUAAAUGUGUUUCUUUGUCAAAUCCUUCUAAAUGAUUCCUUGUAAACUUGUUCCUCUUCAAAGAUGGAAGUUGUGAUUAUUCCAGGAGCCAAAUGUGGUGUUUGCGUCUUUUUCCAGUCAAAUGUUGAGAGUGAAAAUCAGGAUGUGGUGUUCCUCUGAUGCUCACUUGAACUAAAAGCAUUUGAGCUGCACAAAGUGUGAAAUGAGAGAGGAAGCAGUGAAUCUCCAAACUGCUGACAGACUUUCACACAUUAUUGUCCAGUGAAAAUCAGCUUUUUGUGCAGCCACACUUGAUCCUGAUGUGAGUCUUUAAGUCCUGUUCUAGUGAUGACAUGAGAACUUCCUUCAUCUGUAUCACUCUUUCCAAAGUAUUCUGUGCUCUUCUGUCAUUUAUGUCUUAUUGAUGGAUCCAUUUUUCUUUUUUACAAUAAAUAAGUGCUUCAAUCCGUUAUUUUUUUUUAUAAGAUUCUGAAUUUCUGGUUUCAUCAACAAAUUCUACCAGAUUUUAUUUUUCCAUCAAAGCUCCCAUAACCCUAGCUAUCUCUGGAUCAAAAUGUUUUCAGCAUCGAUAUGAUUCCAGUAGAAUUUAAACCCACCAGGACUAUCCAGAUUACAUUGAACUCUGUAAAUUCAACAUUUUUUAGCCUGUUUCAUUCUAUAAAUGUUUUGUUUGGCCGUUAAAGGAGGUUUUCCUCACAUUGUGGUGUAUUUGAACCCUUCCAUGGUCUAAAUUCUUUGAACAGAUCUUGUGCUGUAAUCAAUGUCUAACUUAGUUUUUAUUUUCAUUGCAGUGGUUGAUUUUUCCUGAACAAGAUCAAUGAUUUUAAUACAUCUUUCUCCAGUUUUAUUUGCUCUGCCUGUGGCUUUUAAACUAUUCUAACUUUCUUUUUUAUUCAAUAAAUGACUAAUAACACAC